GAGCUGACGCAAUGAUCACGUGACCUAAUUUGACACCAGAACGAGGCUGCGCGGCCAGUACAAAUUACGACGCCAUCUUGUUGUCGGUGGUUUGAAAAUACGAGAGUUGGACUGCAACCUUCGUUUCUUUCUCUUUCACGGGGUCCUUUACCUCCUGUUGCCCAGUAGACAGAUCAAGAUGGAGAACCUCCCACCAGGCCACGAGUAUUUUGACUUCCCGCGGCUGCCCAUACCGCAGAUCGCGCAGGAGUGUCGUGAUGGUGCCCUGGGACCGGACGCCACCUGGCUCUCCGAGGACCACCUAAAGAAACCAGAGGUGGACACCAUACAGAGUAUAUAUGCUAUCAUACUGCAGUCUGCCCUCGGCAUCACACAGGAGCAGAUCACUCAGGUACAGUUUGAGGGGACAGAAGAACUGGAGCACAAAGACAUCCAUGAGGAGGCUAUCCCUCAGAUUCACUUCUUCUUUGCCAUGCAACGUUUUAUGUAUUCAUGUGGAGCACGGGACUUCAAGAUCAAGGACAUUCUGGAUCCAAAACCCAAGAGAACAACCAAGUUUCUGAGUGCUGCAAUCAACUUCCUGAAGUUCCGCGAUCAGCGAUUGCAGACGUACGAAUCAAUCAAGGAAGAAAAGGUUGCAGUGCAGGAAGAAUAUGCCAGACUACAGAAGAGUAAUGACGAGCUGCGGGCAAAAAUCAACCAGAUCAGGGCAGCAAGAGCUGAGCAUGAGCCACAAGUCCGUGAGGUCCAGCAAGAAGUGGACAAGUUAAAAGCUGGCAUACAGGAGGGCCAGAGACAUCAGGAAACCCAGUCUUCAGCCAUGGCAGAGAUGGAGAAGACUAUUGAAGGAAGGAAUACCAAAUUGGCUCGGCUGAAGGAUGACAUCAAGAGCACCAAAGAGGAGGGGGACAAGCUGCGCUCCAAGAUCGUGCAGUCUCCCGAGAGGAUGAAGGGGGAGAUGGGGAGGAUGGAGAGGAGUAUCAAAACUCUAAAGGUCACCAAGGAGCAAAAGGGCCAGAGACUGGUGGAACUACAUGAACAGCAGCACAAUAACCAGUCCAUGGGUGAGAACUGUCAGCAGGGGCUGAAACUCAUCUCACUUAUCCAGGCAGAGUGUGAUGAGCAAAGGAAAGCGAACGCGGCCCUGAUGAAGAUGCGUGACCAGGUGGUGGCUCAGAAGGAGGUUCUGCGGGACGUGACCACGCGAGAGAGCCAGCUGAAGCGCCAGCUGGGCUCCAAGCAGGAGAAACUCACCAAGUUCAGCCUGCAGCACAAGAACAAACUCUCCGCAGCACGGGAGACAUCAGCCGUCACCAGAAAGGAACAGGAGAUGUACCAGCCCUACAUGCAGGAACUGGAGAGGGACAUUGAGGAGAUAGAGAUGCAGAAGUGCCAGUUGGAGAAGCAGCUUGCAGAGAAAGAGGAAAGCCACCAGGGUGUGAUGAACACCUUCACAGACAAGUACAGGGAACUUCUGGACUCGCUGGACCUCUAUCACUCCAGAAUCGCUGAUGUUUGGCAGAAAAACCUCCCCAUGCCAGAAGAUUAAACAAGACAAGAAACUCUUCAGUACCUUUUUGAUAGAAGUGACCAUGAUAGAGUGUUUUAAGUUACUACAAUGUGUCCUAUUUAGCACUAUUUUUAAAGAGUCUCUAGUAGAAGAAAAUGUAAAUGAGUAGUAUUCUGUGUACAAAUCAGCAUUCUAACGUAGACUAGGAUAUACCUGUUUAUUUCUUACACCAUUUGAUUAGUUGAAUAAUUGUACUGAUAUUAUAUCUGUCUUAAGAGUGUACUCAAAACUUACUUUGAACAAGGAUGUUAUAUAAGGUCCUUGCUUUGAACAUCUACGAUUGAACACUUUGUCUUUUUUAGAUUUCUUCUGACAUCUCAAUUUUUUAAUGUUAUGUUUACUCAUGUCUUAGUGUUCUUGUUAACUGUCAAACUUUGUCAAGCAUUGUUCACAUAUCUUCUACACACACACAUAUAGUUUUCCCUUACCAUUAUGAAUGGAGGAUAGGACUAAAAGUUUUCUAGCUUGUCCUCUUGUACAUCCCUUACAUGUAUAUACAUUUGUACCAUGGGUCCUCCCAUACAAUUUGUUAUGAUUGAACAAGUAGGGUUAGGCCAUACUCUAAUGAAGUAGUUGUCAGAGAUGUAUGGAAAUAAAUUUAGUUUGAUGACAGA